AUGUAUACAUGUCUUAUACUGCAUGACAUGAUUAUUGAAGACGAAGGAAGAGUGAUAUGUGCGUUUGACGAGGAAGAAACCAUACCAGAGACACAACCAAUAGAAAUUGGUGGCGAAGAGUAUAUAAACAGGAGAGCAGAGAUACGUUGCACUGAAACAUUUCACAAUCUUCGCAAUGACUUGGUGGAACACAUUUACGGGGUUCAAAACAUUAACCUUAAUUUGGAUCCACCGGAUGACCCCGAAGACGAGUUCUCGGAGAACGACUUUAUGUAG